CUACGGAAUGAUAUGCAGCUGGGGCGGCUGGGGUCUCUUCCAAGAGCUGCUCAGCGUCCUACGCACCAUCGCGACAAAGCACAAAGUCAACAUCUCCAACAUAGCUACGCGCUGGGUCUUAGACUUUUCCUAUGUCGGAGCAGUCAUCAUUGGCGCACGGAUCGGUAUGAGUGAGCAUACAAGUGAUAAUGCUACUACUCUCGGCUGGGGCUUGGAUGAUGAUGACCGCCUGAUCAUCGAAGAGGUCUUGAACCGGAGUAACAGAGCCGAGAUGUUCGAGGCAAUGGGCGAUUGCGGUAAUGAGUACCGAUAAGAGAACCGCAUCUUUCUUAACCGCUUCAGUCCUCGCCACGCUGAUCUCCGCGGCUGCCGCAGCCAAGCAGAUGCAGAUCAACUACUACAGCGACACCAAAUGCAAGUCAUAUUCCGGUCAAUUCGAUACAAACUGCUACAACUACCAUUAUGAGUCCAGCAUGUUGAUCGCAGAAUGCCAGGCCAGAGGGUGGCUCUGCAAUAUCUACAAGUCAAGGGACUGUAAUGACUAUCUGGAUCAGAUGAGAUAUACUGGGGACUUGAAAUUAACAUACCUUCUAGCUACCCUAAAGAACUCAUUACAUCAUACCAUCAGUCUUAAUACAAGGUUUUAUCAACAUUAUGAACAUCAACCAGAAAACUCUCUCAGCGAUAGAAACAUAUCAUAUAUUCUUAUGCAUAAGGCUUUAUUCCCGGCAACAUUCCUAGACUCUCAUUGGCAAUCUUGCUAUUAUAUGAGCAAGAUUCUUAUCAUGGACAACAUGCUACGGCCCUUAAUGCGGUCUCUUGUCACCAUGCUCAUCGGAGCCGAAUGUGGCCUUGCCUAUCUGACAGAGAUGGCAGAUACCAUGAUCGCAAAGGGCGUCGAACCGGACCUUGGAUAUCAAGAUGCAGUCCUCUAUCUUGGGUUUGAGAAAGCCUACGAGUUUUCUGGAGAUCAUAAAUAUCUUGAUUGGUACAUCGGCCAGAUCGAUGGCCCCGUUGUUCAAGAGGAUGGCUCUAUUAAAGGGCUCAACACAUCACGGUAUAUCCUUGAUGAGUACCGAAUGGGGCAUAGCUAUCUAUACCUUUACAACCAGACUGGAGAGCCAAAAUAUGAGACGGCUGCCAAUACUGUUAGACGUAUGUUGGACUCGUAUCCUCGCACCCCAUCCGGGGGCUUUUGGCACCAGCAAUUCUUUCGCGAUCAGAUGUGGCUCGAUGGUAUCUACAUGGCAGACUCAUUCUACGCUAGAUGGACGCAUCUCUAUGACUCGGACAAUAACACAGCCUGGGACGACAUACUUCUGCAGUACGAGCUCAUACAUAAGAACACGAUCAACGAGACAACUGGCCUUCAUGUACACGGAUGGGUCGAAGGCGAAGCAUCAUGGGCUGAUCCAGAAACAGGCCGAGCGCCAAACGUAUGGGGACGCGCUCUUGGCUGGUACUUCAUGGCUCUCGUUGAGGUAUUGCAGUACUUCCCCACGUCACAUUCCGGCUACGACCAGUUACUCGGGUAUCUUGAAUCCGUCGCAAAGGGUCUCAAGGCCUCCCGCGAUCCAGAUCUUGGCAGCUGGUGGCAAGUCAUGAACGAACCCUACCCCAAGCGCGAAGGGAACUUUAUCGAGAGUAGCGGCUCCUCCAUGUUUACGUGGGGCUUGUUGAAGGCUGUUGACUUGGGAUACCUUGACUCUGAUGAGUAUCUCGAAACUGCCAAAGAUGCUUUUACAAGCUUGAUUGACAACUUUGUCACUGAAGGCGAAGACGGUUCGUUGAUUCUGAACAGCACGGUUGCUGAAUGUGGUUUGACUAGUUCCAAUGUCACGUUUGAAGCUACUCGGCACCCGGAUCUCCGGGCCCCGAUGCCCGCAUUCGGUGUGACUCGUACACUCGCAAACUCACCUCGCGGGUUCUGGGCUAAUAUCGUCUUGACGGGCCCGAAUUCCAUGUUUCCUGUCGCUGCCCGCGUUCCCAGUUCCCCGCCGCUCGCCUGCAUGCCAGCCUCCUCUGCUCACGGCGACGACACGCUAGAAGCCUCGUCACCAAGUUCCAACGUCCACAUUCGACCUGCGUGCGAGAACUGCCGCGUUCGCAAGAUCCGUUGUGAUAGGCAGUACCCAUGCUCUCACUGCAUCAACACCAAACUCGAAUGUGUCGUUGCCGAAAAGAAACCUAGGGAGAAACGCAACCGCAUCCUAGUCACCCCACAAUAUGAGAAGAAAAUCGACCAGCUUGAUCGUCGCAUGGACCAAGUCCUUGGCCUACUCCAUGAUCUCAAAAAUGACCGACAACCCGAUCGAUGUUCUCAUGCCGCCUUACCGACACGAGCUGCGCUCGUAUCGACAGUUCUGUCAAGUCCAUCGAGCCAGAAUAUCCAGCAAACGCCUUCUGCGGUGUUGGGUGUUGAGGGAGAGUCCUCAUUAGCCGCCCACUCUGCGUUUGCUAGCAACUUGAUGCAUCAAGUCGCAAGCGCCGAAACCAGCCCGGGUUUUGGUCCAGACAUAAGAAACACCCUGGACGCACUGUCACAUGUCGUUGGAACACUGAGAGAGCAGACGUUCGCUAAUGAAAUGGCAUACCCUCACUCCCGACCGAGCCAACGCCCACGCCCAUCGGGGUAUGAGCUGCCUCCUAUUGAAAAGGCCGUUGAGUUGAUUCGAAUUGCAAAGAGUCAGCGGCUGGCAGGAACAGGCUUCAUAUACGAGUUCAUGUUCAUGCGAGACUUCUCCGAUAUUUGCCUCCAGGUUUACUUCUCCGAUACUUUCUCCGAGAUGGAGUUCAUCAUUGCCAACGCUGGCUUUUAUUCUCUCUUCACAGACUAUAGCUAUCAUGUCUCUGCAGGUCAAAAGGACACUUAUCUAGGCCAUGCCCGCAUGUGUCGCGAGAACCUUGAGACAGCACUUUAUGAUCUGCCGCUUCAUCUGCCGACAACGCCAGAGGCUAUAACGGCUCUGCUUUUUGGUGCUUGGCACGCGAUUGAGCUCUCGAAACCAUAUCUCUCCUGGGCAUUAUCCAGCAAGGCCUCAGAGCUGUGCCAGACGUUGGGCUAUCACAGAAUGCCCGAUACAGAUAACAGCGAUGACGCUAAGUUUAGGAAGUUUCUAUUCUGGACUAACUACUUCCUCGAUAAGAGUCUGUGCCUUCGCCUCGGUCGAGCAUCCACAAUUCCCGACUGGGAUAUCACAACACACCGACCAGCGAUCAGUGAUCCCCACCAAGAACCAGUCAUGGCAUAUUUCGUACUCUGGAUUGAAGCUGCGCGCUGUCAGGGCAACAUCUACGAGCUUCUGUAUUGCCCCGAAGCUAUUACCCAGCUUGAGCACGUCAGACAUACUCGGGUUCAGCUUCUUGUGAACGAUCUACACAUGUUGGAGCAGGCCACGCAAGAAACUCAUAAGAAAUGGAUCCAGAUCUCUAGGGAUAAUGCUGGCAAGGACUUGAUGGAUUUCUUCGCCGUCUCAGACGAUAUCCUUCGACUGUCACUACUUACUCUCGUCUAUCGAGCCGCUCCACAACAGACUGGGGUUCUAACAACAUUCAGUCCCAGUUGCGUCGAAGCUGCUAGAGCUACUCUCCACAGGCAUCAUGAUUGCCUAGAGAUUAUCGAAAGGAGCAGUCAAGACUUCUUCCCAACCUAUGUUCAUUGGACACUUCUUUUCGCUCCGUUCAUCCCCUUUAUCGUCAUUUUCUGCCAGGUAAUUGAGACCCAAGACAAGAAAGACCUCAACCGCCUUCGCACUUUUGUCGCUUCUAUCCAACCUGCUGCCGCUGCCUCGAGCGCUGCAACCAAGUUGCAUCGGCUAUUCCAGGUCCUCUACAACGUCGCCACUCGUUAUGUAGAGCUCUCAGCCUCGCGCGACGUUCAGCCACAGGAUACUGAAGAGAUGGAUACGUAUCUCAAGUUACUGGGCAUGCAAUUGGUGGAGAUACGAAUACCAUCGGGCCCAUGUUGA